GACCACUUCCUUCUCAACAUCUCUGGAUCUGGUCUGUAAAGCGGAAGAAUUAUAAAUCAAUCAAAUUUUAUUGGUCACAUACAUGUGUUUAGCAGAUGUUAUAGCGGGUGUAGCGAAAUGCUUGUAACACACUGACUACUUCGGAGGUUGCAUUGCUGUAAAUGCUGCAUGGUUCAUAGCACGUAUAGCUGUAAUUUGGUAUUUUUUAGGCUACACUUACUGGGUCUCAGACAAUUAAAACUAUCUGGAAUCUCGGAAGAGGACGUUGUUCCAACAGACUCUGGGGUAGAGGUAGACGACAACAGUAUUUUUGGUGAAUAGGGUGUUGGACGUUUUAUUGACUUUAAUAGAUUACAAUCUUAUCCAGGGCCUUUCUGAAGUAAGAUUAGGCUACAUCAGACAUAAAUUUGUCGCAACGUAAAUAGAGUGUUGAUAUUUAUAUUUACGUUUGUUCUGGUCUAGCUUUAUCUGAACGCGGUAACAAAGAAAGUAACUAGUGUAGGCUAGCUACAGAUUUACUGUCACGUUUUUUAUUUGAAGAAACGCUGAAGAAAGAACGGCUUCAACGAUGGAUCAGGACAGAGCUAGUCCGUCCCCCUACACCCUGCCGGAGUCCCCUGGUCACAACUCUCCUGGUAGCGCCUUACUGCUGGAUCUGAAGAGGGUUUCUGUGCUGCUGGUCGACUGCAGGAAAACAGCAGGGCAGAGUGGAACUGUGAGAGAAGGACACGAGGAGGGAGAUGGAGAUCUGAUUUCAUCAAGGGACACCCCUAACCAUCGUUCUCUUAGUGGGAGGGGCUUAUCGUCUGGGGAGCCUCAACAACAUGUUGCUGACGAGACAGAGAAGAGUCUCUCCAGAUCAGAACAUCUCAAGAAACACCAGCAGGGACGUACUGGGAAGAAACCUCACCACUGCUGCUCUGACUGUGGGAAGAGUUUCACAAGCCAGAGUGGCUUCAUUAUUCACUGUGAUCAGUGUGGGAAGAGUUUUGCUGCAUCUAACACCUUAAAAUCUAAUGUAAGAAUUCAUACAGGGGAGAAGCCUUACCCCUGCCUUGAUUGUGGGAAAAGCUUUUCUAGUGCAGGAGCCUUAACCAUACACAAGCGUGUACACACUGGAGAGAAACCUUAUAGCUGUGAUCAGUGUGGGAAGAGCUUCAAUCACUCAGGCCACCUGACUACACACCAGCUAAUGCACACUGGAGAGAAUCCUUAUAGCUGUGAUCAGUGUGGGAAGAGCUUUGCUGUACUUCCCUCCCUGACUAGACACCAGCUAAUACACACAGGAGAGAAGCCUUAUAGCUGUGAUCAGUGUGGGAAGAGCUUUGCUGUAUCAGAAACACUAACUAUACACCAGCGCAUACACACAGGAGAGAAACCUUAUAGUUGUGAUCAGUGUGGAAAGAGCUUUGCUGGAGCUUCCUCCCUAACUAGACACCAGGUAACACACACUGGAGAGAGAACCUAUGUCUGUCUAUGUGGGAAGAGCUUUGCUCUAGCUUCCACCCUGACUGUACACCAGAGAACACACACUGGAGAGAAGCCUUAUAGCUGUGAUCAGUGUGGAAAGAGCUUUGCUGUAUUAGAAAAACUAACUAGACACCAGCGAAUACACACAGGAGAGAAGCCUUAUAGCUGUUAUCAGUGUGGGAAGAGCUUUGCUCAAUCAGACAAUCUAACUAGACACCAGCGGAUACACACAGGAGAGAAGCCUUAUAGCUGUGAUCAUUGUGGAAAGAGCUUUACUCAGUCAGGGGCCCUGAAUUCACACAAGCAAACACACACUGGUGAGAAAGAUGCCUUAUAUCUGUGAUCAGUGUGGGAAGCGUUUCAGUCAGUUAUGGACCCUUUAUUCACACCAGUGAAGACACACUGGAGAAGGAGCCUUUGGUCUGUCCAGGUGGGAAGAGCUUUGUUUAUUUAGGGCCAAUGAGAAAACAACAGAAAGCACAAACUUGCUGUAAUUAGAUAACCUGAAUUCACACCAGCGAAUACACACUGGAGAGAAGCCUUAUAGCUGUUUCAUCUCCCUUCCUUCUGGCACCGGUUCCAGAUCCCUAAAUAAAGGAUCAAAUCAAAUGUAUUUCUAUAGCCCUUCGUACAUCAGCUGAUAUCUCAAAGUGCUGUACAGAAACCCAGCCUAAAACCCCAAACAGCAAGCAAUGCAGGAUCAGUAGAAAACAUCUAGUAAACAGUCAUAUCCAUCUCCCAUUCUUAAACAGUUGCCUCAGUCUGAUCACCAUGGUAACCUCUGUGCAGCAUAAUAUGCAGCUCUGAUCAGGAUCAGGUCUCCCCUGUGUCUAUGUAAUAUCACACAUUGAUCUAAAUGGAUAAAUGUUAUCAUAGGAAAUGUUAUAGGGAACUUGUGUGUGUGUGUGGGGGGGGGGGGUGAUAAUUGUAUCUUCUUUCAUGUACUCAUGAUAAUACUAUUAUUAAAUGUCAUUAUGUAGAAUAAUGUUUCAACAAUAGGUGUAUAUUCAUGUAUUCAAUUGAUCAAUACAUUCAAUCCAAUUAUCUUCUAAACAAGAAGUUAUCACUUAAAUGGUGUAUUUUAUAUAUCUAUAUUGAUUAAAUGUAUCCUAAAUCUAAUCCAUAAUAUAUUGGAUAAUUAUUUCCAUGAGUUCAAGACAAGAUCUCUGCAUACUGUGUCUUGUAACAACGGUUAAUGUAAUAACUUUUAGAUUUAUAAUGUAAUAAAACCGGUAAAUGUAACAUCUUGUUGGUUAAUAUGAUAAAAUGUUGUCUAAUAACCUUUUCCACUUAAUGUAAUAAGUUAUUGGUAUCAGGUAACAACUUCUUUUAAUGAAUAACGUAAUAAUUUAAACCGAUCAUGUAAUAACACCUAAACCAAUGUUUAAUGUGUUAUUUCACCAAUGUUAAUGCACAUACCACCCUCCACCAAUAACAAACCCACACACACAAACCUAUGCCCUUGUACUCACAGUUAUAGACACAUACAUUGAUUUAAUUAAAAAAAAAUAACAAUUCAUCUGUAGUUCUUAUAGUCAAUGAGACAGGGGGCUCGGUCGGGCAAGAGAAAGGAGGAUUGGGAAACUGCAAAUAACAAUAAGCUGAACUCCGUCUAGCAGAAACAUCUUUGUAUUAGCAACUAUUAAUGAUUAGUUUAUAUUGUGUUAAAGUUAAGGGAUGUCACCCUGCGAGGGGUGAACCAUAGUAGGGGAUAUAAAGAGAACACCAUCUUGAGAACUGAGUGUCUUGUUUGUAAAUUGCUGUAAGUGUAAACUCCGGGUUGCAAACCAUAUUAAACAAACUAACCUCUGA